ACUUAAUUAGACUCUAUAUAAAAAUGACAUAAUGUUUUUGAGUUUUGCCAUAGCUGAAUUCCUAGAUCGCAUUAAAUGAGAAAAUAACACGCUUAUCAAUAGCACUGGGAAGUCUGUCGAGAGAGACGAAGAAUCACAAACAACAACCGUAAAAAAGGCAGGGGGAAUAAGGGCUAGAAAAAAAAAAAGGAAAAAGAAAAAAAGAGUGAGUAUCUCUCUGCCUUCUCUAAUUCUGAACGUGUUAUAAUGUACAUGUAACAAAUAAGGACCUAAUGAAUUCUUUAGAAAAAGGAAAAUAGGACUUAAACAUCAUAAAAGCAACAUCGCACUUAAAAAAAGGAAAAACAAACAAAAAUCAGUGUUUAUUAAAAGAAAACAUUCCUUUCUCAUAGUAGCACCCAAAUUGUAAAUACACACUCACUCACUCUCUUUCUCUCCCUCGGUGCCACAUGAUAUAUAACCCAAUAACCCAAAAAACCAAAAAAUUGCCAUUGAUGAAGGAGCUCAGAUCAUGAGAUCACCACCACAACAGCAACCCAUAAUCACAAAUCCAAACACAAUGUCGUCAUCUUCAUCUUCAAAAAAACAAGCCCUUUUCAUAUCUUGUCUUAUAAUUCUUUGGUACUCAUCAAACAUUGGUGUUUUGUUAUUAAACAAGUAUUUACUUUCUAAUUAUGGCUUCAAAUUUCCAAUCUUUCUUACAAUGUGUCAUAUGUCUGCUUGUGCUAUUCUAAGUUAUCUCUCUAUUGUUUUCUUCAAGAUUGUACCUCUUCAGGCUGUUAAAUCUAAGAAUCAGUUGUUCAAGAUUGCAACUUUAAGUGUUGUGUUUUGUGGGUCUGUGGUUGGUGGUAAUAUUUCUCUUAGGUAUUUGCCUGUUUCUUUUAAUCAAGCUGUCGGUGCUACUACACCUUUCUUUACUGCUGUUUUUGCUUAUUUAAUGACCUUCAAGAGAGAAGCCUGGAUUACUUAUGCUGCUCUGGUGCCUGUUGUUACUGGUGUUAUAAUUGCUAGUGGGGGUGAACCAAGUUUUCACUUAUUUGGAUUCAUCAUGUGCAUAAGUGCAACUGCUGCAAGGGCCUUUAAGUCUGUUCUUCAGGGUAUCCUGCUUUCUUCUGAAGGGGAAAAGUUGAACUCGAUGAACUUGAUGUUGUAUAUGUCACCAAUAGCAGUUUUGGUGUUGUUGCCUGCGGCACUUAUAAUGGAACCCAAUGUACUGGAAGUCACUUUGUCUCUUGGAAGAGAACAUAAGUUUAUGUGGUUACUGCUGCUUGUUAAUUCAACAAUGGCCUACUCGGCUAACUUGUCAAACUUCCUGGUUACUAAGCAUACAAGCGCAUUGACACUCCAGGUAUUAGGAAAUGCAAAAGGUGCUGUAGCUGUUGUUAUCUCAAUUUUCAUUUUCAGGAAUCCAGUAACGUUUAUAGGCAUUGCGGGUUACACAAUGACCAUACUUGGUGUAGUUGCUUAUGGAGAAGCGAAGAGAAGGUUUAGAUGAAUGUUCUUUUUGGGACUGACUGCAUUUUUCUUUCCAUUUUUUUGAUUCCUACAUAGAGGUUAGUGAAGUUAUGUUGGCCAAAUCAUCUUAAUUGACUUUGGGGAAAGAGAGAGAGAGAAUUGAAUUAUUGUGUUGUAUCUAUUAUUCAAUUCAAUUCUUAUUUUCUGACAUGUUUUUCCAAUCCUCAUUCCCUUUUCCCCAAAUGGUACAAGACAAGAACUUUCAGGUACAAGCUAAAGGUGAGAAUAAUAUACAGUUGGAGAAUUCUCAUAUCGCAAA